AUCUAGUGUUUGGCAAACAAGGCUUGAUUGCGGUUUCGCUUCUUAAGAAGAAGGAAGCUUUUCUACAAGUACACGAAAUCAAGGCCCAAAGCAGAGUUGAGUUCAGGAUGCAAUCCAUUUCGUUGUUGCUCAGCGCCCUGCUGCUUUUAACCUCCAGUAUGUACACCAGGGGUGGAGUUCUGGACUGUGUAUCUGGUGAAAUGCAAGCGAAGGAACAAACCAAAGGUCACCUCAGUGUCUCCCAACUCACUGUAGGCGAUGUGAUCCAAGGUGUCAAAGGAGCAGAACGGGCCCCUGCUUGGUGCAAAGUGAAGGCGGUCUACCCUUUACCACAUAAUGAGACGCGGACCACUUACGACGGCUUCACAGACACCCACAUGGUCGUGGAUGAAACAGUUCAUCAGUACGGUGUACGUCAGAAUGGAACAGUGCGCAUUGGUCCCGUGUACACGCUUGCUACUGACUGUGAUGCGUCUGUGAAUUCAGCUGGCCAGGUCUUCACUCCUAUCAACAACGGGCUCUGUCCCUUUGAGCUGAGCUGGGACGAGUACCUCACACUGAUUACCGCUAUUCGACGAGUCGCCAAUCGAACUGGAUACUUCUGGUUUGACCUGAGCGCCUACCACGACAAUGACAGCGCCAUGGUGCCGUAUUGGGGAAUGCAACUUUCAGCAAUAUGCCGCAGUUUUAUGCAAUGCGCUCGUGAGGACCAUUGCCAAGAGUUUGAGAUCAUCAUGGAGCGGUUUGUACACGAGUAUCUGAACAAAGAAUACGUGGAGAUCGUUGAACGCGUUUUUCCCAAUAUCGGCGGUGAAGUAAGCAAGGAGCAAAGACGAACCUUUACAGAAGUGGCCCGUCCAGAAAAAAAGAAGAAUUACUUGUUGCUGUUUACUGCCGUGGGCAGCGCCCUGUUUGCGCUCGUAAUCAUCGUGGCUGUAAUCUUGUUGUACCGCGGACAAAAGAAGAUGACUACAGUAACUAGGCCUGGACCUGAGAUUACCAGUACUAUCACCGUAUGAGUGCUGAGAAAUGGUCGUAAGAGUUUCAAGUUCUGAACUCUAUAACUUCUACUUUUUGUAAGCUUUUAGUAGCGCAACUUGCAUAUUUUGCUGUAGCUCUUUAUUAAGGUUAAAGAUUUUGUAACUUAGGUGAAUAGACACUGAUUUUCAUUCGUGAAAAUUGAAAAACUAACACAUCUUUGAGACAAUACAUCAAUGUACUUAGCAAUGAAUUGAGUGGCCAAUUGAUAUCUGUGCAGGAUAACUAUUUGAUUUAUCCAAGUUUUAAUUAAAGCUUCAUUAUGUAUUCAAGCAUAUUAUUCCAUUUGCAGUUGCUAGUAGAGAGGCAAUAAAAACAAUUUUAUGAAGUUGUUACU